AUGGACCAGCUGCAGCAAUAUGGAUUGCGCCUCAACACAUCAAAAACUGAGUACAUGGAGUGCGGACCAAGGAUAGAGGAUGGUUCAAUUCGUGUCGAUGGCACCGAAUUAAACAAGGUGAACUGUUUCAAGUACCUUGGAUCCAAAGUGACUUCCACAGGCGACAUUGAUCAAGAAGGUCGAGCACGUGUUAAUGCGGCAUGGAUGAAAUGGAAAAUGGCAACAGGCGUACUGUGCGACAAGAAAGUCCCUGUUCGACUGAAGUCGAAGAUCUACAGGACGGUUUUGCGUCCUGUUGCCCUUUACGGAUGCGAGUGCUAG